AUGGGGGUAUUGGCUACUGGAAACCUUUGUGUUGUGGUGAAUGUUUAUGCAUUGUGUAGACUAAGUGAGAAGAGAAAGUUAUGGGAUGAUUUGCUCAUGACAAGAAUGGGUUUUGGCAAAUUUAUGUGGUGCAUAUUGAGUGACUUCAAUGCUGUGAGACAAGUGAAAGAGAAGAAGGGUUGUCAGGGAGAUGGUUUCAUUCAGGUUCUGAGCAGAGAUGUGUCUGAUCAUUAUCCCAUUAUUCUUAAGCACAAAGUGGUUAACUGGGUUGUGGAGGUGGUGGAGGUGGUGGAAGAAGCAUGGAAAAGAGAUAUUACCCUCCCAUGGGCUGCCCAGAGAGCUAGCCAGAGGUUAAGGAAUGUUAAGAUUGCAUUGAAAAAAUGGAAUAUUGAGGUAUUUGGAAAUGUUGAUCAGGUGAUAUCUGAUUUGACAACUGAGUUGAGCUUGAUUGAUGAUAAAAAUUCUGUGAUGGAACUUUCCGAUGUGAAAAAGAAGCGUCAACAUAUGUUGGUGGGUGAUAUUUGGAAGGCUAGGAAGAAUAGAAAGAGUCUCAUAGCCCAAAAAGCUCGGGUAAGAUGGGGGAAGGAGGGUGAUUUAAAUACAAAGUUCUUUCAUUUAUGUGUUAAUGGGAGGCGGCGACGAAAUAAUAUACCCGCGCUUCAAAUUGGGGAGAGAUGUGUCGAAGAGGUUAAUGAGAUUAAAGCAGGUGUGGUGUCCUAUUUUGCGGCUCAUUUUAGUAGUAGAAGUUGGCUUCAACCUACUAUUGAUAUUAAUAAUUUACCAAGAGUCUUUGUUAUCAGAAUGAGGAGCUUGUUAAUGCUUUUUCGAAGGAGGAAGUGGGAAGGAUGA